UUUUCAGCUAAUCAUUUGGCUACGUGUACCCGGUGUGUGGAAGUGUUCAGGUGUCUUGCCUCUGCUGGAUAACAAGCUGCCACAAAACCUAAAAAGCCUUAAAAGAGCGAGAUCAUGGGAGGAUCGCAAAGUGUGGAGAUACCGGGAGGAGGCUCCGAGGGUUACCAUGUUCUCCGGGUUCAGGAGAAUUCACCCGGACACCGUGCAGGAUUGGAGCCUUUCUUUGACUUUAUCGUCUCCAUCAACAACACCAGACUGAACAAGGACAACGAUACUUUGAAAGACUUACUCAAAGCCAGUGUGGAGAAACCUGUUAAGAUGCUGGUUUACUCCUCGAAGACUCUGGAGCUGCGGGAGUCGACAGUCACCCCCAGCAACCUGUGGGGGGGCCAGGGCUUGCUUGGGGUCUCCAUUCGUUUCUGUAGCUUUGAGGGAGCCAAUGAGAAUGUUUGGCAUGUGCUGGAAGUGGAGCCUAAUUCCCCAGCAGCCCUUGCUGGCUUGCGGCCACACACCGACUACAUAAUUGGAGCUGACACGGUUAUGAAUGAGUCAGAGGACCUGUUCUCUCUGAUUGAGAGCCAUGAGGGGAAAGGCCUGAAGCUCUAUGUGUACAACACAGACACUGAUAACUGCAGAGAGGUGGUCAUCACACCUAACAGUGCCUGGGGAGGAGAGGGCAGCCUUGGAUGUGGGAUUGGCUAUGGUUAUCUCCACAGGAUUCCCACCAGGCCUUUUGAGGAGGGGAAGAAGAUCAGCUUCCCUGGAAACUCUCCCAGUGAGCCCAUCAGCCCGCUGAAGGAUGGAUUCACUGAGGUCCAGCUGUCAGCAGUGACCCCGCCUGCUGCUGCACCUGUUAGCUCCUCUGGCCUUGAAGAUUCACUCUCAGGCCUGUCAAUCAGCACAGCCCCGCCCACCAUGCCCAGUGAGCUGCAGACAGGUUUGCCCACAGUACCUUUGCUGCCCUCCUCUACCAGCCCCUCUCUCAGCCCCCUCACUCCACUGAAUCCUGCCGCCACCAGCUUCAACCCCGCCACCACGCUACCAGGUCUGAUGCCGCUCCCGGGUGGUUUACCUCCGCUUCCUAACUUGCCAAACCUCAACCUGCCACUCCCAGACCUCAGUGCCGUGUCAUUAGCAGGACCACCACCCAUAGGAACCACAGUCCCACCACUGGCAUCUCUCCCACCCCUCAACAUCCCAGGUCUGGCCCCCUUACCCCCUCUGCCCACUAUGCUGCCCUCCCAGCUGCCUCCUCUCCUCCCUCAAGGAGUGGCUCCCCUUUUGCCCAUUUCCACCACCACUCCUCCAUCCUCGGUCACAGUCACAGCGGCGCAUGCAACUGAGCCCGCCUCCGAUCCCACACUCCCCAUGGAAGCCACCUCCACGACUGCCACGGAAACACCGGCUCCCACGGAAACAACACUAACGUCGUAACCUGGGAAACAACAUCCGCCUUCCAUCAAACCAAAACACAUACCUGGUUUCUCUCUUUCUCUCGCCUGUCUUUCUCUGUGUUUUUCUAUUUAUUUGGCCAAGAGGAGACCGGCAGACAGCGGCAUUAUUUCAGACACAGAGGUCAGCGUGCCGUGUUAAUGGGUCAGGAAGUGUGCGGAGCAACGAAGGAUGAAUGGAUAUGAGGAAUGGGUUACUUGAUGCCGACUCAUCUUACCAACAUGUUUAUUGCCAGAUUGUCAUGGAGCUUAACUAAGCUACUGUAUGAGGAGGUGAGAUCUUCUCUUUGGUUUGUAGUUUGCUUCACACCUCUGCCGUUAAAACAAGACAAAGAACUAUCUUAGGAUUUUCCCCUUUCAAAUCUGGCAAUCUCUCUGUUUCACAUGCUUUUUUUUGUUUGUUUGUUUGUUUUAAGAUCAACAGUGCAUAUAAAAUGGGCUGGAUGAUGAAUCAAAUUUACUGAAAUACUACCGACAUCAUGAAUCCCUUUACAAAUAAAGUGAAAAUAGCUACAGAAACCAGUGAUAUUUCAGUGGAAGUUCGGCUCACGGUCCAGUCCUGAGAUCUUUUAACUGGUCAUAGUGGAAUAAAUAGGACUGAGGAAAUUGCAUACCCUGCUAUAUUAGAACACAAAUUACUAAUAAAGAUGAAUGAAUUCAUUACAUUGAAGACUUUUGGUCUUAUCGUCCAGCCCUUACAUGUAACCUUUUAUUAGUCCAUAGACCCCCUGACCAAUAGAUUAACCUGGUGGACAUAUACUGAUUUUUGUUGAAAGUGCUGUAGGAGUAUCCACUCGAUGAAUGAAUCUGCAUUAUUUUGCACCACCUUUUGUGUUUUGAAAUUAUUAGUCUGUCCCUUGUGUGUCUCCAUGUGUAUCCAGAACUCCACAGUACCCGUCUCUAUCACACAGGGAUGGUAAGAGCCAGAAGGCCACGCCAGAGGCAACAGGGGGUUACGGUUACAUGAGCCGCCGAGUGGAGUGUAUGUGCUUAGUGUUGGGUAAUCAGUGGUUAGGGUGAAAUAAUGGGUGCAGGAUUACUCAAUAAACUGUAGUUCUCCUGGCAUGGCUGAAGUAAAUUGGUAGGCAGAGUUGCAGUGAAGCAGUACAGCCACAAGGUGUCACUGUAACAGAGGUUUCUGAAUACAUCUACAGUAUGCACAGUACGAGCAAUAAAGCCAAAUUAAUUUUA